UUAAAACGAAAACAACACACGAGCGAAAAUAUCAAAACAAUACCGGCCCUGGUGCACGGGAAACACGUUUGUAGUAAAAAAUAGCUUAAAGUUAUAGUUUAACGUACGUAAAUAGUUUUCUAACUACGCAAACUCUUAAACAAAAUGAGCUCCUUCAUCGGCAGUUUGAUUCCACUGUUUCGACGCAGCUUUCUACAGCUGACCGUAGCACGAACUUAUGCAACACCAAAGGCCGGAGGUGCUCUCGGUGGGUCGAAAAAGAAAAAGCUCGGCAAGCUUGGCCCAGUAGUGGAGAAGAAGGUCAUUCCGGUCGAAACCGAUACGAACCGGCUGGUAAAUUACGUGUGUGGCAGCAACAUACUGAAACAGGGGGAGGAUAUCAAACUGCAACCCGACUCGGAGUAUCCCGAUUGGUUGUGGAAGAUGCACGUCGGGGCACCGCUUACGCUGGAAGAGAUGGACCCAAACACGAAAGCGUACUGGCGAAAGCUAAGGCGAAUGGCGCUGCAGCGCAACAACAAGCUGGCCAAGUUGAAAAAGUUCUAAACGAUGAAGCGGUGAUAGGGCGAGCACGGUGCUUUUAAAACAAACCACUACCAAUCCAGUUUCAUAGAAGAUAGCACGAAAGCAAAGAGGAAUAAAUCGUUAUAGCUGUACAUUGAA